AUGGUCCUGCCAUCUGGACUGCACGUGGGUCGCUCGAACACUCGACAGGUGGCCGAGCGGCGGCUGGGCGAUGUGCAAGCCUUCCUCACUUCGCUGUUCGGUCUCGCCGACGAGAUCGCGCACUCUGACCUCGUGUACACGUUCUUCCACCCGUUGUUACGUGACCAGCAGGAUGUCGAACCGCAGAGGAUGAAGAACAGAGGCGAGGCGCAGGCGCACGAGGCGGAGAGCAGCGGGUCGGGGUCGCUGAAGCUGUCAGUGCAGUACGCGGGUGGCGUGCUGGCCGUGCUCAUCCUGCACGCGCAGUCGCUGCCCGCCGCGCCACAGGGCCUGCCGCCUAACCCAUACGUCAAGGUAACCAUGCCGGCCGUGCUCAUCCUGCACGCGCAGUCGCUGCCCGCCGCGCCGCAGGGCCUGCCGCCCAACCCAUACGUCACGGUACCGUUCCGUGCCGGCCGUGCUCAUCCUGCACGCACAGUCGCUGCCCGCCGCGCCACAGGGCCUGCCGCCCAACCCAUACGUCACGGUAUCCGUGCCGGCCGUGCUCAUCCUGCACGCGCAGUCGCUGCCCGCCGCGCCGCAGGGCCUGCCGCCCAACCCAUACGUCAAGGUACCGUGCCGGCCGUGCUCAUCCUGCACACGCAGUCGCUGCCCGCCGCGCCGCAGGGCCUGCCGCCCAACCCAUACGUCAAGGUACCGUGCCGGCCGUGCUCAUCCUGCACGCGCAGUCGCUGCCCGCCGCGCCGCAGGGACUGCCGCCCAACCCAUACGUCAAGGUACCGUGCCGGCCGUGCUCAUCCUGCACGCGCAGCUCUGCUCGCCGCGCCGCAGGGCCUGCCGCCCAACCCAUACGUCAAGGUACCGUGCCGGCCGUGCUCAUCCUGCACACGCCGUCGCUGCCCGCCGCGCCGCAGGGCCUGCCGCCCAACCCAUACGUCAAGGUACCGUGCCGGCCGUGCUCAUCCUGCACGCGCAGUCUCUGCUCGCCGCGCCGCAGGGCCUGCCGCCCAACCCAUACGUCAAGGUACCGUGCCGGCCGUGCUCAUCCUGCACGCGCAGUCUCUGCUCACCGCGCCGCAGGGCCUGCCGCCCAACCCAUACGUCAAGGUGUACUUGGUGCCAGAUCCUACCAAGGAAACGAAACGGAAGACGCGCGUGUUAAAGCGUAACUCGCACCCGUCCUUCAUGGAGAUGCUCGAAUAUCGCUUGCCGCUCGAAGUCGUCCGGAGCAGAAGUCUGCAGGCGACAGUGUGGCAUUACGACUCCCUGCAGGAGAACCAGUUUCUAGGCGGCGUGGUAAUACCACUCAGCUCGAUACCGCUUAGAGAAGAGACGGUGGCGUGGUAUCCCCUGGAGUAUAUCCCACGGUAG